CAGGCCUACAGUAAGUUCGAGUAGCGGUGAAGAUAAUGGAAAUUAAUUCCGCAUAAUGAUCGAUGACGAUCAGUGUAUUAUUGACGAAUUCAGACCAAAGCACCAUAGCUGUUGGCAAACGUUCCUACGUAAACUGUGGGUCUGUAGAAACUCUACGGGUAGAUUCGUGUUCUGUUGUCGACUGCCGGCUACGCAAGUUCGUUGAAGCAGCCACAAGCGGUGAUUCUCCAGUCCAUGCCACAACAUAGUCCUUUAAGGGAGUUACCAUGACAACUCGUAUCAUCCUUUGGGGUGUUCCCAUGUGCCUAUCCACCGUGUUCACACGCUGUAUGAACGCGAGAGGCGACACCGAAAUAUUUAUGGAACCCUACGACAACUGCCACAGUUUUGGACCGGAACGACGCAUCUCUUGGCCCGACCAAAUGCGGUCUGCCGAACUGCUUAACGACUGGCAGACCUACGAGUACACCCAGAAGUUGCUGGAGAGAGAAGACCAUUACCAAGCGUCCAUAGUGUUCGCUAAAGACAUGGCUUACGCCGUGGAAGGCAAGUACGACAUGCUGCCUAAGGGAUAUCGGCACACCUUCAUAGUUCGGGAUCCUGUCAAAGUUUGGGUGGCGUACCAUAGACGAAUUAGGCAACUUCUGGGUGACAAGAUAGAGCUCCGCAAUGGAGGUGAUUUGCCUGGUGAUCUGGAAAGCUACGCUAGCCAAACCUCUGUUUAUAAGGCCAGCUUUGAUCUGAUGGAGUACACGAGGACUGUGUUGAACCAGGCACCGGUAAUAAUCGACGCCGAUGAUUUGACGGACCACCCCGAGGCCACCUUGCGUCGGUACUGCCUAGCUGUGGGCAUCCCGUUCAAAGAUAAGAUGCUGUCUUUCGGCUCCUCUGGGCAUUCCAAGGAUGAAUUGGACCAGAGAUGGCACUGUUCCAAGUUCUUCACCUGGGGAGAGGAAAGGGGUGGGUUCUACACCAAGGCAAUGGAAAGUAAGGGGUUUGUGAGCGACAAGAAAGAGUAUAAAAUCUCGGAUUUGCCUCCAGAGGUUGUGGAAUGUGUGACGAGAAGCAAGGAUUGGUAUGAAAAACUGCAUGCUUUAAGAUUAAAACCAGAGUGAUUAUAUAGUAUUUUCGGUGAUGACGGUUGCUUGCGAACCAAAACCAUGACAAUUGGAGCAAUAGGAGAAGACCGCUGCGUAAAUUUUAUAUGUUUUUUUCAAGCAAAGUGGACUCGCUAUAACAGACCGCCCACUUUAAUCUGUGUUCGCAUUCCAAUACAAUCAAAAACUCUGGAUGGGCGGUAACCGCCCUCUGUUGACACAUGCCAACUCCAAGCCUCUGAAAUUUAAAAAGAAGAAUAAAACCUUCGGUGUGAGCAAUGAGGGCGCCCCUCAUGUGUGUUGUUAUUUUUAUCCUUGCUCGACCUCAACACCAUAUCUCAUUUAAAAUCCAUUUGUGAGCAGAGCUUUGCAGGAUAAUGCAUUUUCAAUAACAUAGGCAGUUCUCCGACCGCACAGUAAUGAUCGGGUUUAAUUCUCUAAAAAUAUUCAUCCACCAUUUCAAAGUCCUGUAGUUUUAGAAGAUGCAAUGUAUUUAAUUUGUCUAUUUUAUAUUAAUACUUUAACGAGUGACAGACAUUUAUUCAACGUGGUUUAUGUGGUUAUUUUUAGAAAGGCAUAAUUUUUAUGAGAGUUGUACGUAAUUUAGUUGUUUUAUGGUGUAGUUUCCGAUACCAGUAUUAUUAGAAGCAUACGCAGCAUAUGCCACCUUUUGUUGGUGCUGGGUUCAGUCAACUAACGAAUUAAUGAAAUUGUUAUAGGAAUAACAACAUGCUCUUUAAAAAAAAAACAACUGGAGCAUGUACAAAGAAUGCCCUUUUCAUCAGGUCAAAUAUUCUUAAUGUAAAUUAACCCUAAAAGAGCGCUGUUACUUGUUUCAAGAUAAUCAAUGUUCGUUAAUAGGGACUUGAAAUGAGUCUUAGACUUCAGUAUCUUUGUUCUGUAAUUUGGAUCCAGCGAACAGUUGUCACUGGCCAUAGUUCAAGCCAGGUGAAUAUCAUUUAUUUUUGUCCCCUUUAUGCAAAUUAUGGUCGGAAGUGCUCCUCGACUCGAUAAUUGUUCCAUAAAACACCAUCCGGGGACGCAUAAUUCUCCAUGUCCGCAACCUUGGGAACUGUAAAAAUAAAAUUAUGUUACUUGGGCACAGACAUGUUAAGGGAUAUUUAUUGUCCCAAGCCUCGACGCAAGUUUUAACAACUGGCAUUCAGAAUGUAAACACUCUUCUUGUAACAUAGGUGAUACACCUGUAUCUAACCAGUUUGGGAUAAUAAAAAAAAA